AUGGGUAUAGAUGUAUCAUCAUCAUCAUCAUCAUCAUCAUCAUCAUCAUCAUCAUCAUCAUCAUCAUCAUCAUCAUCAUCAUCAUCAUCAUCAUCAUCAUCAUCAUCAUCAUCAUCAUCAUCAUCAUCAUCAUCAUCAUCAUCAUCAUCAUCAUCAUCAUCAUCAUCAUCAUCAUCAUCAUCAUCAUCAUCAUCAUCAUCAUCAUCAUCAUCAUCAUCAUCAUCAUCAUCAUCAUCAUCAUCAUCAUCAUCAUCAUCAUCAUCAUCAUCAUCAUCAUCAUCAUCAUCAUCAUCAUCAUCAUCAUCAUCAUCAUCAUCAUCAUCAUCAUCAUCAUCAUCAUCAUCAUCAUCAUCAUCAUCAUCAUCAUCAUCAUCAUCAUCAUCAUCAUCAUCAUCAUCAUCAUCAUCAUCAUCAUCAUCAUCAUCAUCAUCAUCAUCAUCAUCAUCAUCAUCAUCAUCAUCAUCAUCAUCAUCAUCAUCAUCAUCAUCAUCAUCAUCAUCAUCAUCAUCAUCAUCAUCAUCAUCAUCAUCAUCAUCAUCAUCAUCAUCAUCAUCAUCAUCAUCAUCAUCAUCAUCAUCAUCAUCAUCAUCAUCAUCAUCAUCAUCAUCAUCAUCAUCAUCAUCAUCAUCAUCAUCAUCAUCAUCAUCAUCAUCAUCAUCAUCAUCAUCAUCAUCAUCAUCAUCAUCAUCAUCAUCAUCAUCAUCAUCAUCAUCAUCAUCAUCAUCAUCAUCAUCAUCAUCAUCAUCAUCAUCAUCAUCAUCAUCAUCAUCAUCAUCAUCAUCAUCAUCAUCAUCAUCAUCAUCAUCAUCAUCAUCAUCAUCAUCAUCAUCAUCAUCAUCAUCAUCAUCAUAUGAGGCAAGCACUAAUGUGGAAUCCUGA